AUGACCCGCAUUAAGCUCUGGGCUCGCAUCGGCAAGACAGUAAUCGAAGCUUCUGCACCCAUCCACGUCACGCGCGCGAAUCCCGAAGGACUUAAAACAGCACUCCCAUCCAUCCUCCACACCUGCUCCGCGCUCAGAAACGAACUCCUCCUCUCCUACUACGCAACCAAAGUCGAAAUCGAGAUGACACCCGCCUAUCCCUGUGAUACCAAUUGGUUCCGCGAAAACCUCGGCCGCUACCUGCGAGUAAUCGGUUCCGAUGCGGCAAGUGCACUCACAUCGAGCUACCACAGUGAUUGGUACUGGAGCGGCUGGCGGGAAGAAGACGUCGACGAGUCCAUGGCCGAACUACAAACGGACCUCCAAAAUGUGGAAGAUUGGAUCGGAUGCCACGUGAAAGUCGUGUCGAAGCGAGUCGAGCGUCGCGAUCAUCCACGACGUGACCAGCGGAUGCAUUGGGAGGUGUGUUUCGUGGAGACUCUACCGCUAGGGGAGCGGAGGAUGUUGCGUGACUGA